UUUCUCCUUUUUCUUGGCACGAGUUUGAGUUCAUCAUCUGCUUUGCUGACAACUUUCAACUUCAAACUUUACAAAACUGCAUGUUCGAGAUUUUUAUCACCAAAUUAUACUCAAAAACAAUUAAUUUGCAAUUUGUCUUCUCAAGCAUAAAGUGUCCUUAUAGUCUUACGGUGCCAGGUUAAUUCGACAUGUCGAACCAGCAGGUUUGCCUCUUGUGUUUACAAACUAUCGGCGACAAGGGAGCAAAGUCCCCAAAAAAGAUCAGAUUCGAAACCCUCUUCAAAUUGGUGACACCGAAUUCCAAAACUUCUCAUCCUCCACCUGAAUUUAAGGAUGACGAGAUAUAUGAAUUUUGCAACGAUUGUUAUCCUCUCUUGAGCACAAUGGAGGAAAUUAAGAAACAAAUUUCCCUUCUGGAGGAAGUAAUUCGGUCAAAAGUUAGGCAAAUUAAGACCACAAUUUUGCACUCGUCGUCCUCCUCCCACCUGCGAAGUAAGGAAAAGAAGAAAAUUCUACAAAUUCGUGACAUGCUUGUAAAAGUGGCAGGAGAGAAUGCAGAAAAGCUUGUACCAGACGAGGGUCGAGUCAAAGUAGACGUGGAAGAAGAAGGCGAUGAUGACGUUGACAUUAUCGUCGACGGCGACAAUUUCUUUGACGAUGACCUCGAUUCCUACCCUAAAACAAGUGCUGAACAGGAAGAUGACACCGCCUUCUGUAUUAUUCCCGAUAAUAAAUCGCCAAAUAAGCAUGAAAAGUCCCGAACUACGAAACGCAAAGGAGAGGAUUCUUCCCCUCCUCCAAAAACAAGCACGAAACGGAAUAAGCUGCAGCCCGAUAGGCCUGAAACGUCACCGACACGAUUCUCUCCUCGUAUCAAAAGACAAACCGCUCCACUCACACGUGUCAAAAUUCGUGUCGCUUCCCUUAAAAAGAUAACAUCCAACUCGGAAUCUUCAGAAGAAGACGACGAUGCAAAUUCUACACUCGACAGCAAUGAUAAAGAUUGGGCUCCCAAUGAAGACGUCGAUCCCAUCACGACUUCUGGUGCUGUCCACAAAUGCACCGAGUGUGCAAAAUCUUUCCCCAGCGAAUGGCUCCUUAAUCGCCAUACCGGCCGCUUCCACGGUCUGCCCUGCCUCUCAUCGUUCUGUACCUCCACAUUUCGAUCGGUGAAAGAGAGAUACGUCCACAUGAAAACUGCUCACGAAGGUCUGGCCUCUAUUCAGUGCAGAAUUUGCAAAAACAAGUUCAGUCACCAAAGAGAGCUCGGUACGCACAUGGUGAUUCGACACGAAAACGGGGAGAAGAAAUUGUCCUGCGACAAAUGCGAGAAGAAAUUCUGCCUCGAGGAGAACUUGGCGAGGCAUGUGAAACUGCAUGAAGUUGAAGGGAUCAAACCCGUCGUUUGUGACCUGUGCGAUAACCGAUUCGAAAGUGAGGAGCGUCUCAAGAGACAUUUGGCGUCAAAAACACACUCAAAACCAUUCACGUGUUCUGAAUGUGGAAUGAGGUGCAAUGGGAGGGUGGAUCUGGAAAGGCACUUGAGGAGUCACACUAAAGAAAAAGCUGUGAAAUGCCCUCACUGUGACCUCGCCGUGGGGGACAAGGACACCCUGCAGCGCCACAUUAUACGCGCCCACCCUGACGGACCUGCCACACAUAUGUGUCACAUUUGCGCGAAAGGGUUUUAUCACCCCGUCGACCUCAAGAAGCACGUUGACCGUCACGAAGGCAAGUUUGAAAAGAAAUGUGACACUUGUGACGAAACAUUUUCAGGAUUGAGCAGCCUACGAGUUCACCUUAUCAAGGUACAUGGCAAGGACCCGCUGGUUUGUAAUGAAUGCGGAGCUACUUUUGCAUCUCUGGGAGGACUUAGGCUUCACCAGAAAGGCCACGCGGGUGAAAGAAAGCACAAAUGCGAGACUUGUGGCGCCCGUUUUAUCGCCAAAGGGGGUCUGAACGUUCACAUGAGAACUCACACGGGCGAGCGACCAUUCCCCUGCCCCCACUGCGACAAGGCCUUCAGGACGAGGACUUGUAUGAAUAAACAUGUCAAGGUUAUCCACACUCCGGGCUACGUCGCCCCCGCCCCCCACAAAUGCCCCCACUGCGAUAAAGGGUGUCGAACUCCAUACUUCCUGCGGUGUCACAUUCGCCAAGCGCACACGGGGGAGCGGCCGUUCGUUUGCGACAACUGCGGAAAAGGGUUCACGGUCAGAUCGGCACUGACUAACCAUUUGAAAAUGGUCCAUGGCGUCGUUUUCGAGAAGAAAGAUAAGUUACCAAGAUCGAAGAAGGAUGCUGUUCAUGAAGAAGACGAAGAUGAUGAUGAAGAAGAAGAGGAAGAAGACAGUGAUUAGAUUAAGAUUUUUUUAAAUUGAUUUCUGUUUUUGUAAACUGAUUUCUAUUAACACUUGAAUGAAGGUUUGAAGCAAAUCAAAUCAGAUUUUAAACCAAUGAUUAAAUUAAAAUUGGUAUUUUAUAAGUAUUGCUAAAUUUCGAUCUUUAUCAGUUAAAUAGUUACCUUUAAGUUAAAUAGAUUCUUAGAGAAUUAAUAACAUUUGUCUAUAAUUAAAGUCUGUCGUAAUCAGAUUUAAAAAAUAUUAGCCUCACCUGCCCCUUACUUAACAUAUGUUUGUACAAACCCAUGUACAGCAAAUUCUGUGAAUUUUUUUAUGAAAGCAACAGUGUAUUUAGGUAACUGAAUCAGUUAAACUGAUCAAGCUGAGAAUAAAUUCAAAAUAUUUUAUCGA